AUGGCCUCCAUCCUCUCUCGAUCCUCCAGAGCACUACCAUACAUCGCAGGAGCAGCAGUAGCAGGCGUAGCAGCAGGGACAGCAUCUCGAACCUCCCGCCAACCAUACAUCAUGGACUCCGCACACAAUGCGCCCACCAAGACCCUCAACUUCCCCAGCUCCAUGCUCUUCAGCAAACAGUUGACCUGCAAGAGCUCGGAGCAAAUCAGCCCUGAUACCAAGAGGAUCACCUUCUCCCUCCCGGGAGGAGACAACGAGAUCAGUGGUUGCCCGGCAGCAUGUACGCGGUCAGAGACGAUCAAGUGGAAGGAACGGAAGACUGACACUGCGGGACAGCUGCGAUCCUCACCCAACAUACACCCCCGGGAGGCUGGCUCCCCGUGCUGCGACCCUACACGCCAGUCUCGGACCCCGACGCGCGAGGCACCGUCACCUUUAUCGUCAAACAGUAUCCCAAGGGCAAGGCGUCCGGUCACAUGCACUCCCUCACGCCCGGCCAGAAGCUCAGCGUCCGCGGUCCCAUCCCCGGCUACAACUGGGUGACGCCAAACGAGCCACCCAAGCAACCACGCCACGUUCUGCUCAUCGCCGGUGGAGCCGGUAUCACCCCGAUCUACAGUCUGACCAAGGGCAUCCUGAGCAACGCGAACGAUCAGACUCAUCUCGAGCUCCUGUGGGGUGUCAACGGGACGAGGGAUAUCGUCUUGCAAGAGGAGCUGGAACAGUUGGAACAGCAGUACCCCGGCCGCUUGCAAGUCACAUACUGCGUCAGUGGAGACGAGGGGAAGCCUGAUGCCCCCAGCCUGGGCGAUGAGAAGAAAUACAAGAAGGGCUACGUCGACCAGGAGGUGCUGAAGGAAGCAAUUGCACGCUGCGAACGGGGACAGUGGGGUGACGAGAAGGGUACCAAGGUCUUCGUCUGCGGCCCUCCAGCGAUGGAGAAUGCUGUUGCUGGCAAGAAGGGCAUCCUGGCUGAGCUGGGCGUGGAGCCGAAGAAGAUCCACAAGUUCUAG